AUGAAGCCCACUCAAGCUCUCGCAAAGCGCUUACAGCGUCUUGCGCUCACAACCAAAGCGACAAACAAGGGAUACUACAAGGGAACUGGAUCAGGGCCAAUGGGUUCGCAUACGAAGCAUGGAGGAUAUAUCAUUGAUUGGGACAGAGUGAGGACAUAUGUUGUACCGGAAGACCUGAAAGACUUCAAGCUCACGCCAUUUGUGACGCAGAACAUGCAGAAGACGACGGGGCGAUAUCCGGGAGAUCCAAAAGGGCCAGUCAGUGGAGAGUCAUAUCUGAAGAAGUGGAAGGACGAGAAUGGAGAAGAUUAA